AUGGAAAACUGGCUACAAUUAAACCUAGUCACAUGUGUUGCGAGAAUAACUUGUAUAAGGGGAGAAGGACCUGAUGAAGGCACUCCAUUUAUAGACGAUUAUAUAAGUACACAGGAACAAGUUGUCGAUUAUUUAACUAAAUUUUCUGGUAUACAGCCUGGAGAUCUAGAUGCAAAUUAUAGUUCGAAACAUUUGACAACACUAAAGAGCACAUAUCAAAAGUUACGAUAUCUGGCUGAUACUGGAGUGGUUUUUGUUGGUCAUGGAUUGAAGAAUGAUUUUCGAGUUAUUAACUUAAUUGUCCCCCCAAAUCAAGUUGCUGAUACUGUACAUCUAUUCCAUUUACCGCAUCAUAGAAUGGUGUCUUUACGAUUUCUAGCUUGGCAUUUUCUUGGUAUUAGAAUACAAUCUGUGACACACGAUUCAGCUGAAGACGCGCGGGCCGCGUUGCAACUAUACAAACAUUAUCUACAAUUGGAAUCAUCUGGUACGAUACUCAGUGCUUUACAAAAACUAUAUGAAACUGGCAAAAGAUUAUCUUGGAGAGUCCCCGAUGAAUAAACAAAGCAACUGAACAAUAUAUGAGAUUGAUAAAGC